AUGACGGGCCUCAAAGAACGCCCCGUCUCUACCCUUUCUGCCGGAUUCUGUUGGAUCCUUGUCUUCUUGCAUAUUCUCUCGUGUGCAGAUGGCUCUCCUUCCUUUCCCCCUUUAGACCGGCAAGCUGAAACGGCUCUGCUGACGCGCGUUGAGGCGAAACAUGAAGCCUUUCCUACUUAUGUAUAUGGGAGGUCAAGGUCCGGCUCUCCCGUCAUUUACAAACCCAAACUCUCCGGCAUACGCGAUUUCCGGAACUUUUUUGUGCUGCAAACCGACUCCUACAUGAUUGAUUUGCUGCUGCAGGCAACCAACGAGGCUUCGUUUACUUUAGUCCUAGACUUUGCAGCGAUUUCUAAGCGACUGCGAGCGCCGACACUGGAGAUGUGGGACUCUUUAAGAACAGUAGUUGAUCCUCUUCCUCCUUCUGCGAAGGUUUCGAUUGAGCACAUGGUCACGCGGGUGUUUCAGAAUUGCGAGGCAGUGGUGGUGGUGAACGCAACUGCACUAGUGAAGCUGCUAAGGCCUGUCAUUUCUCUCAUGGUGCCUGUUAGCAGUGAAAAGUUGUUUGUUUCUACUGACUUGUCUGCUCUAUUCAAAGUCGUUCCCCCCAACCAGGUGCCCAGGCCGUACAGCCCAUCUUCGGCAGAUACUGUCAGCGUUAACCCACAGACGACACACUUAUAUGAACUGCUCAACAGCAGAGCACAAGAGCUGCUGGGCAGGCCCCUUGCAAUUGAUCUUGCGGGGGAGUCGUCGGGCUUGAAGAAGGAGAUCACGACAGAAAUCUCCGUAGUGUCGGCAUCAGCACCCUCGCCAGCAGCGCCCCCAGCAGCGAAAGCAGCAAAGACAGCUGCAGCAGGGGCAGAAGCAAAGGCAGCAGAGGCAGAAGCAGCAGCAGAGCUAGAAACAGAAACAACAGGAACAGACAGAGAGGAUGCGGAUGGGGAUGAUAUGUUUGAUGACAUUGAUUAA